CUAUAAAUCGGGAAGGACCCAACACCAGAAGCACAGUUCACAUCCUAAGAACAUCUCGACAUCAUCUCAACAACAACCACUCAACGUCAACUACGAAAAAAUGAAUUUCGCAUUAAAAUAUUGUGUCUUGAUUUUGGCCAUCGUCGCCCACUGCCAUUCGCAGAGCGGGAAAACAUACAUGUGCGGAGCUCGCAUCACCGAAGCCCUGUCCAUCAUCUGCGAAGGCAUCUACAACGCACCUCUGAAGAAGGCUUCAGGAGCUUCAAUCUCUCAUUCUUCUUCUGUUGGUCUCAAUGACCUGGAGGAGUUCAAAGAACCGAAGAUGGACGAGUACGUGAAGUGGCAAAUCUUGAACGCCAUCAGCAAGGAGAACGAGCAGAUUAGAGCCAAUAUGAUGAUGCCUUUCCAGCAGCGAUUCCAGAGUUUGGGUUUGAUGAAGACCAGAUUUCGUCGCAGCCCCGGUAUCGUCGAGGAGUGCUGCCUAAAAGGAUGCACCAUCGACGAGAUGCAAGACUACUGCGCUUAAAUACAGACUACUUCUGUUUUUGUUGAUUUGCUAGCAAAUUAUUGUUGAAAAUUAUAUAAAUAAAAUCACAAGUUGAACUAUUAA